AUGGCGGUCAACACGACCGGCGCGCUGCGCUGCGUCCAGGCGUUCCUGCCGCUGCUGCGCGCCGGGGAGCGGCGCGGCCGCGUCGUCAACAUGUCCAGCCUGGCCGGCAGCAUCGCCCUGCCCAUGUACUCGGCUUACGCGGCCUCCAAGCGCGCCCUGGAGGCCCUCUCUGACUCCCUGAGGUUUGAGCUGAAGCCUCAAGGCAUAUUCGUGUCCAUCAUCAAGCCGGGUCCGGUGGCGACGGAGAUCUGGAAGCAUGGCAAGGCGCGGAGCGAGCAGGUGGACAUCGGGGAAGAGGGGCGGCGGCUGUACGCCCAGGCGAUCGAAGAGAUGCAGCACCACACGGACGAGAUGGAGUCGGAGGGCAUCCCCCCCGAGGAGGUGGCGGCGGCCGUGCUCCACGCGCUGACGUCACCCAAGCCGCGCGCGCGCUACAUCUGUGGCACCAAGGCCGUCGUACUGCACGUGCUGAGCCGGCUGCUGCCGGACAAAUGGUUCGACCCCCUCAUAGCAAAGGCCAUCAAAGAUGCGGCCAAGAAGAAGACCAGCUCGGCCUGA